ACCAGUUUUCUUGAUAGUCCACGUUGUCGGCGGGCAAGUAAUGUUUCGCCGGAUCUUUGGAAUUGGUAUUGAAUAAUUAAUUCUGCGAGACAAAUGAGAUUUCAUUUAGCUGUCAAAAAUUAAAUAUAUUAGUGAAUAUGUUAAAUGGAAUAUUUCGUGCGAGUCCUUGGCUUGAAAAUACAUUAACAUUUCUAUAUUUCAAGGUGAAAAGGAUCUCCUCAAGUAGUAUUGGUGCAACAAUUUCUACUAUAGUAGAACAACCAAAUAUGAAGGUUCAAAUAUUACCUGCACUUCAAGAUAACUAUAUGUAUCUUAUCAUUGAUGAAGCGACACAAGAAGCUGCUAUUGUUGAUCCUGUUGAUCCUGAGAGCGUUGCCACUGCUGUCAAACAAAAUAAUAUAAAUUUGACAAAGGUUUUAACUACCCAUCAUCAUUGGGAUCAUGCUGGAGGGAACGCAAAAUUAUGUAAAAAAUUUAACAAUCUGGAAGUAUAUGGAGGUGAUGAUAGAAUAGAGGCACUUACACAUAAAGUAAAACAUGAUGAUAGCUUUAACAUUGGAGGGCUGAAAGUUAAAUGCCUUGCAACACCAUGCCAUACUAUUGGACACAUUUGUUAUUAUAUUACAAGGGAUCAAGAUACGCCAGCAGUUUUUACUGGAGACACACUCUUUGCUGGUGGCUGUGGUAGAUUCUUUGAAGGUACUGCAGAUCAAAUGUACAAAGCACUCAUACAAAUUUUGGGAUCAUUGCCCAAUGAGACUAAAGUAUACUGUGGCCAUGAGUAUACAGAGAACAAUUUGAAAUUCGGACGAUACGUAGAACCUGAAAAUGAAGCUAUUUGUCAAAAAAUAGAAUCUGUUCGUUCUCAACGUGAAAAACGGUGCCCUACUGUGCCUAGUACCAUUCAAGAUGAAAAAUUAACGAAUCCGUUUAUGCGAGUCCAUGAACAAUCUGUUAUGAACCAUGCUAAAGAAAAAGAUCCAAUCCAGACCAUGGCAUUCCUCAGAAGGGAGAAAGACAAUUUCAAAACAUAAAUG